UUUUAAACCACUGCAGGUUUCUCAAAGCAAUAUUACUUUGUUGACUUUGUGUAGAAACUUAAACAAGUGUGCGCAAAAUGUCGGAGCUACAAACAUUUAUAGAUCCGGAGUCGGGAAGUUGUAAAAGCAGAGAAGUUGACCAGCCAGAUGAUAACACGAACAAGAAAGCAGACACCCCCGCAGAUGAAAAGCAAUCGUCGUCGGGUUUGUUGUAUGGAUUGAACGAUGUACCUCCAUGGUAUCUUUGCAUAGCCUUUGGUUUACAGCACUAUCUGGUCGCUAUCGGAUCCUUAAUUGGAAUUCCAAUGAUGUUGGCUUCCAAGUUAUGCAUCCCAGAUGAUGGAGAGGGGGACCUAGGACGAGCCAACUUGAUCAGCGCAACGUUUGUCGUGUCAGGGGCUUGCACGUUGAUUCAAACCACAAUAGGAAACAGACUUCCAAUCAUGCAAGGAAUCUCAAUCGCGUUUCUUCCGCCAACUCUUGUGAUCUUGUCACUUCCGCAUAACCAAUGCCCUCCAGCGCUACCUGACGGCUACAUGAAUACAAAUGUGACUCUGUACAACGACAGCGGUCUCAUCAUCGACGGGCAAGAAGUUUGGCAUCGCAGAAUAAGAGAGGUUCAAGGAGCUAUCGUAAUUGGUGCGUUUUUUGAAUUUCUUCUCGGGGCCACAGGGGCAGUUGGGUUUCUUAUGAGAUUUAUUGGUCCUUUGACGAUCGUUCCUACUGUUACAUUGAUUGGGUUGGACCUGUUUACAACUGCGGCGCGUUGUGCAGAAGUUCAAUGGGGAGUCGCUUUUUUCACUAUUACGGUGUUGACUCUAUGCUCUCAGUAUUUGAAAAAAGUUGAAGUUCCUUUCCCGAAGUUUAGUUUUCGACGUCGAAAAUGGUACAUGGAAAAAAGUGGCAUUUUUAGAAUGUUUCCUGUUUUGAUUGCCUUGUUAUCAGCGUGGUUACUUUGCUUCAUACUGACCGUCACCGAUGUAUUUCCCAACGACCCAUCCAAACCGUACUACAAAGCACGAACAGAUUUACGAGCAAAUGUUAUAUAUAAUAGCCCAUGGUUUCGCUUUCCCUACCCGGGGCAGUGGGGUUUACCUAUUGUGACAAUUGGAGGUGUCAUUGGGAUGUUAGCUGCGAUAAUAUCCAGCACUAUUGAAUCUAUUGGUGAUUACCACGCGUGUGCUCGCUUAGCUGAUGUACCACCACCCCCAAGUCAUGCCUUGAACAGAGGAAUAAUGAUGGAAGGAAUUGGAGUUAUGCUAGCAGGUCUUCUCGGAACCGGAUCCGGGACAACCUCUUUCAGUCAAAAUGUUGCGGCAAUUGGGAUAACUCGUGUAGGAAGCAGAAGAGUCCUUCAAACGGCUGGCAUCAUGUUCAUGUUUCUUGGAUACUUCAGCAAGUUCGGAAGUAUAUUCGUCACUUUACCUGAUCCUGUUAUUGGAGGCAUGUUCUUCGCCAUGUUUGGAAUGAUAUCCGCUGUUGGGUUGUCUAAUCUGAAAUACGUUGACCUCGACUCGAACAGAAACAUCUUUGUCAUUGGAGUCUCUCUAUUCAUGGGAUUGGCUAUAGCGAAUUGGACGAAAGCAAAUUCUUCCGCAAUAAAAACUGGAGUCACCGAAAUUGAUCAGAUAUUUACAAUCAUACUGUCAUCUGCUAUGUUGGUAGGAGGGGUGGUUGGGUUUUUCCUGGACAACACUUUGCCUGGUACUGAAUCCGAGCGUGGAUUGAAAGCCUAUAAUGUCAAAGAGAAUGAACAUGGGUCGAGCUACCAAUCGAAAAUAGAUGAAAGUUACAAUCUUCCUUUCCCGACGACGUGCUGCAGAUUUGCCCGCUACUUUCCAUUUAUGCCUAACUACAAGAGCAAUACAGAAAAAUCUUAAUUGAAACAUGGAAAUGAGAAGACAAGUUUAUAAAUAGCAUUGGUUCCAAUGACCGGGUAGACUAAUUCUCUGCUAAAAUAAACAACCAAACGCCU